AGUUUGUUGUCGGUCACUUUUUGCUUGCGUGAAUAUUUUUUAAUGAAAAAAAAACAAGAAAUUUGACAUAAAAUAUACAUAAAUUGUGCAAAAAUAGCAUUUAUAACUGUAAAAAAACACCCCACAAAAUGACGGACACUGAAGAUGUUAGUGAAUUAUUGUUUUUCGAUACAUUUUCCCAUGAAUCAGAUGCGGACAUCAAUUUGGAUCUGGUACAAUUUCCCAAGCCGGUUUUCAUCACACAAGUACGGAUAAUUCCGCUUGGUGCCCGUGUGCAGGCAGACUUCCCGGGUGGUGUUCGCUUGGGUGCCACCAAUCCCUCAAAAUUCGAUAUUGAGUUCUUUGUCAAUGAUUUGGGUAUGCCGGGUGCAUCGACAUUUGAGAACUUGGGCCAAUUGCAGUAUAAUCAAAACGAUUGCAUACAUCUGGAAUGUACCCAAGAGAAAAUUCCCACCGAUGGUUUGGUAUUGCGUGGUUGGUAUAAUACCAUUACAUUGGCGGUUUAUGGCAUACUGACAAAUUCCUUGACGGAAAAUAUAGCAAGUCCCCCGGCGGCACCAUGUGAACCUGAAGAUAUGGAAGAGCUGGCACCAAAUCUCAGCGGUGAGGCAAGAAACACCAGUUUACAAGAUGAGGAAAUGAAAGAAGAGUGGAAGGAACCAUUGCCGGGCGAAUUGCCCGUUGUCACCGCCCAUGGUCAUGAACGUGAAGAUAUUGAAUAUGAGGGCAUGCGUGCCCGUGGUUUAUCUUCAAGUGGUGAACACUAUCAUCGAGAUUCGGGUGAGGAAAGAACUGAAAGACGGGCACGGAAAUCAUCCCGAUCCUCGGAACGAUCACCAACAUCCUCCCGUAAUCGUUGCCAUUCAGAAAGCAAUGACAGGGAGUACAUACGUUCACGUGAUCGGGAACGUGAAACACGAGAGAGGGAAAAGAAUAUGCGAGAUUGGUCACGCAGUCCGGUAUAUGGCCAUAGAUCGAGAAGAAAACGUUCUGAACGUUCUCGGUCUGACAUCGAAGAGUCUCAUAAAUGGCCACGCACUCCACCAGCUACCAUAGUUUCGCCGGCCAGACCACGUUCCCCGGACUACAGUGAUGAGGAGUCUAGUGCGGCUGCUCAUUACAAGUCUUCGAAGCCACGUAACUACAAUCGCAGAUCGUCGGAGUCAUUGGAUGCUGUUGCAGCUAGCAAUGAAAACCCAGAAACCACCUUGCCUGAAGAAGAGGAAACUCCCGGUACACCCGUAGAACAAUAUGAACCCAUUUUAAGUGAUGAUGAGAUAUUGGACGAUGAACCUGACGACGAUUCGAAUACCAAUGAUGACCAGGCCCAGGCGGCUGAUGAAUUCGAGCAAGAAAUUCAAUUGGCUGCGGCCCAAGCAAAACCCGCAAUUAUUGACUUUAAUCCGUAUACCCAACCUGUGCAAAAACUCAACGAAAGUUUUGUAAAAAAAUAUGACAAAGAUGUUGAAGUUUUCCAAACACUGCUCGGCAAAUAUGAACAACAAACAAAAUGCGAUACCUUGCUGACAUUUAAAGAUGCAAGUACCGGGGCCGAAGAAAAGGAGGCAUUUGUUUUCCUUUGUGAACAAUUUAUCAAUCAAUUGUCUUAUAUCUCCUCGGACUACAAGAGGCGAGAUUAUAUUUUUAAGGAACUCUUUGGCAAGCAGGAAAAUUUGAAAUUGGUUUACAAUAUAUUAUUGGUCGCUUUGGAUUUUGAGGCGGCCUGUGCCCAGCCACAACCGGCAUUUAAGAUUAGACACAUAAAAACUGGGGCCAGAUUAAUGGAACUAUUAGCCCCUUCUGCAACGCUUUUUGAAUAUUUACUUAAUACCGUUAAUUAUGAUCCCUUUAAAGCCAUAUUGCUGCUGUAUCAUCAAAUGUAUAUGGCAUUGUCCAUUAAGUUGCUGUUGCUGAAGGCAAUCUAUGCAUUGUUGGACACUAAACCGGCACUUCAAUACUUCCUCUCCCCUGCCGUUGAUGGUUAUCAAUUAAUUUUGGAUUUGCUGCAUAGCUCAAAGUUAACGCGAACCAAAUACUUUUUACAAUCCAUUAUAAAGAAACUACAUUUAAAUGAGGCAUUGGCAACAAUAAGGGAUACGUGCACCAAUCUUUUUGUCCUCACCAACUAUGAACCGUCCAGCAUGGAACCAUUUAAUAUUUUAGAAUCAGCUGUGCUCCAAGUCAUUGAUGCUUUGCAUGAGAAUUGCCUCUCCUAUCAACAGCCGCGAAGAUUUUUACCUGUAUCAAAGAAAUUUGACAUUUCUUUGGACACCUCGGCCCAAAGAAGUUUUGCCAAUUUUUUGCGUUCAUAUUUCAAUCAUCAUACCUUGGCCGAAUCGUUGCUUUUGCUGCUGAGUAAUUGUGAUGCCCUGCCAUCUUCAUUGGUUUUAGCCAGUUUGGAUAUGUUGCAAGCUCUGCUAUCGACCCAUAUUGGUAUUGACUAUUUGGUUGAUGAUGGUUUUGAGGUUACUCAAAUGUUGGUGGCUAUUCUAUUGGGAAUUGAUGAUGUUCCAUCGCAGGAUAUGGAAGAUGUUGCCGAACCAGAGGAGGAAGAGGGAGAAGAUGCUGAAAUGAAGCCCUUGGACGGUGAAGCCAAAUCCCAACCAGAGGAAGAUGUUAAAAAAUCUCCCACAGAAUCAAAGGAAGUCACUGCAACAGAUACAACUGUCCCAACAUCAAGCACUGAGAUCACAGAUCCCAAAUCCAGCAAUGAUCCUGAGGCUAUGGAACUGGCCGAAAAUGAAGAAAUUCAAGUUAUGGCCCAAAAACAUUGCAAACGUUCCUAUGAAGAUCAGUUCAUUAAAUUAGGCAUUGAACUUUCCUACAAAGUGCAGACACGUUAUCAUCUUGAUGCCAUUAUUUUCUACUCAACUGUGGCUGAGCCCUAUGAUGCUGCGACAUUGGCUGGCCAUUUACAUGCCAUAUAUUCGCAAACCUGUAAUGCCGAUGGUCGCCAAUAUACCGUGGAAGUUAUUGGUCUGAAUAAUCAGUUGCACGUAUUCAUGGAUCUCAUAAAGCAGGAACAACGUUUACAGGCCCAAAGACAACUAUCGAGUCCUGGUGCCAAGUACAAGAGUCCCGUUCUCAGCUAUGCUGUGGAUAUGGUGGAUUGUUGUGUGAGAUAUUGUGAAAAUUUGGAUUACCUAAUUGAGUUUGGAAAACGGAUUUUGGAAUUGGCCAAAAAUCAUGAGACAUUCGAACCCUCCGUAUCGGCGGUGCUCCAGGAAUUGUUUGUCUAUUUGAAACCCAUAGAGGUGACAAAUAUCUUUUCAUAUGAUGACAUAACACCCCUGGUAGAGGUCAUUACCCGGUCCAUGGAAUAUGUAACCACAUUCCCGGGUGAUUUAAUAAUGGGCUUAAGGAUUUUGAGACACUUGGCUAUUGGGCCUUUCUCAAGACUCUAUAAAUCUGCCGAUACCGAGGAGCUUAAACAUCGCUACGUUGCCCUGCAAUUCUAUGCAGCGGAUGGUAUACAAACUCUUUUGCAGAUUUUGGAAAAAUUAUGUGCUUAUUUCGAACAACCUGGUCUACACACUCCCUCGUUGAUGACCAUUCAGGGUAUUCAUUGUUGUCAAAUUAUUCUGCCGACACUGCAAAUAUUACGUGAAAUGUUAUCAUUUGCGAUUCAGUGUCGUGAUGCGGAGUUUAAAGAUCUAACAGCUAUCGAUCAUUUAAUGCGGACCUAUUAUUUGAUGCAUUAUUUCCCCAGUAAUAGUCCCGCCGCGGCUGAAGUGGAAAAGUCGAAACAUGAAAUCAUCCAAACAUUGCUGGCCUACACACAACCCAAUGAGCAGCAUGAAGAGCUCUUGCAUAAAUCGCUGUGGACCCAAAUGAUCCGGGAGAUAUUGAAGAACAUUGACAGUCCAUCAACGUUUAUACCAGGACUACUUGUAUUGGCAGAAUUGUUGCCUCUUCCCCUGCCUGUACCGCUGCCACAAACCGAGGCCACAUCAACUGGAGAGACACUUAAAACAAAAGCCCAACGUUUACUUACGGAACGCAAACUCUGGUCUGCUCACCUGCAUCCACAGGGCGCACAAAUUGCCAGACUUAUUGAGGCCAUGGCUCCCUCAUCAUUCCCACAGUUAAGUGAUCUCUUGACACGUGUAUGCUUACAAUUGGCAGACCUGGCACCCAACAUGACAUUGUUGAUAUCGAAAACGUUCAGUGAUUUACUAUGCAAUGAAUGGUCCACGGCAGGCCAACAGCCAACGGCUCAGCUAUCCCGUCUAUUGGUAUUCUAUGCCCGCUUAAAUGUCUAUCCCUCCCUGAAGAUCUCAACAUUGUCCAUAUUAUCGGGAAAACUAUGGGAUUUGUUUCAACAAUUAUUGCUAAUUAAAAAUCCCUCAGAGAUUGGCAUAAAAUGUCAGAUAUCUGUACAUCGUCUGUUGGAAAGUUUUUUGGAUACAGAAAUCUCCUUUAUUGCCACCAAGAAUGUGUUGGCCAAUAACAACACCAAUCCUUUGCUCAAUUUAGCCUCAGCUUUGCCCAACAAAGAGUUGAUACCGAAAAUUGCCGAUGCCCUUUUUAGUAAUGUAAUGCAAGCAGAUAUAAAACAGGGUGAAGUAUCGGCAUUGGGCAUACGGAAUAUGAUCAUACUUACCGAUCAUGAUAUUACCUUUUAUCAUUUGUGUGCGGUAUUGAAACAGAAGAAGAUGGAAUUUCAAGAAUGGUUGACGAAGCUAACAGAUGUAAAUGAAAGCAUUACAGCCUAUAAUCCCAAUGUGGAGGCGUUGAUAUUGUUUUUGCGUUCCCUCACACAAAUUGAAGAUUUGAAUCAACAGUAUUCCUAUAUACCACCAAGAACCUUGAAAUUGACAGCCCAGGAAUUGGCCAUGAUAAUUGGUUUUAAUCGAGAAGAAAAGGAGAAAACUAUUAUUGACCGUUUGUUAGUCCUCCUGGAACGCGGUGAGUCGACAGAGGUAAAUGUCUCGCUCAAAAGUGAUUUGCAGCAGCUAAAGGAAAUGUUAACAUCCUGUGAUGUGGUUUUGUCAUCGGGUAACGAUGAAGAAUCUGUGGCCUCGGGAAAUGAGUUGAACAAUGAACCCACUUUACCCCAAACAGAAAGCAUUGUUUCCCAGUACGAUUCUAGGCCAGUUUUUACCAUCUACGAUGCCUUGAACGGCGAUGAUUAUCAAAUGACUAGCGAUUAUUGGUUACAGGCCCUUAACAUUGAUGACUUAACCGCACAGGACUUUGAGACCCAAUAUGAGCGGGUAACAUGUGACCUUACCGAAUUGGCCCAAUCCUGUCUAACACCGGAGUGUAAUCUAUCGUCAGAUUGUAAACGGGUAUUGCAUCUGUCUGCCUCGCCGCAGUCGAAUCGUGAACGUACACCCACGGCGCCAUGUUUCCGUACCCGGCGCGUGGAGGUAGAACCCAGCACUGGAAGACCAGAAAAGAAAAUCUUUGUAACUUCAAUGCGUGGUAGGGGCUAUGCAAGGCCACCACCAUCCAGAGGAGAUUUGUUCCGUUCACGUCCGCCCAACACCUCAAGGCCACCCUCUCUGCAUGUUGAUGAUUUUCUGGCUCUGGAGACAUGUGGAGCCCAACCAACUGGUCCCACAGGCUACAAUAAAAUACCACCCCUAAUGCGUGGUUCUCGGGUGGGCCGUAAUCGUGGCUCUCGUAUUUCGGCAGCAGCUGCUUAUCGUAAAACAAAACUCAUACGCACCAAUUCACCGCUGACAUGGAGCGAAAGUGGCCCGCCCUCACAUUAUCGUUCCAGUGAUUCUCAUUUUGGUGGUGGUUCCUCGGGAGAGCCACACUAUGUCACCUCACAUUUUACCGGACGUAUCCGUGGUCGUGGCCUAAGGUCAAGACCUUAUAUGCGCUAAAGCGAGCCAGCCAGCUUUGUGUGUGUUUUCUAAUUUAUUUUUAAUUAUUAUCAUUUCCAGCUUGCUGAACAAAAAGAAAAAAGUUUUCCAUUUUAGUUUCCUUUACUACUUUAUUGACUCAAUUUUAAAACAAUAUUGCUUUUUUUGCAUAAACAAAGACAAAAUACAAAAACAUAUUUAGUAUGUAUAGAACAAAAUACAAACAAACUAAUAAACAAAUUAUUUUAUUAUCAACGUCA